AUGACCCGAACAGAGCUGCAUCGGCUACUCGAUGACGGCGCGGACGCGGAAAAUGAGUCAGGUUUGGUUCCGCGUGUGUGGUCUUUUCAGCCGGGAAAUGCUGGAAAACUGGUUCGAUGAUAUCACUCAGUAUGAGUUCAGGGCUUUCGAUUUCAGUUGGAGUCAACGGUUUGAUCAGAGAGAAAUCGGCAAACAUCAGGUGACGCGGCAGAACCUGAUCAACGGAAGACCAAGUGUGCCUAAAUGUAUUCAUAGCUUACCUCCCAGAUGGAAUAUAAAAGCAGCAGUUGUCAGUGACAAACCGUUCUUUCUGGGUCGACCGCUUUUCUCACCUCUUUUUCUUCCCACACAUUCUUGACCAGACCGGUUCGGAGGAUCAAGACAAAAAAGGGAAAGAAAAGGGAGAAUGGGACAGGGACCAGUAAACAACCAGUCUUCACUUGAUGAAACUUUAAAAGUUUGAGUGAAACCAUAUAUAAAAGCGGAGGUGGUCGAGAACGGCGCUCGCCCUUUGGGACGGUUUUAUUAUUCCGUCGCUAGCUUGCCGUGCCCGCAUUCAUUUUACCUUUGCAGCCGUCGAAAUGCCCUGCGAGCGCACCAAUUGGAGGGUCGUCUACCUGAUGGGCGCCUUUUCGCUCAUUCAGAACACGCAGUACUCAAUCUAUCUGACGACAAUGUUCUCGUACCUCAAGAAGUUGGACGCCACCGCCAUCGAGUCACAGUUCGGAUGGAUCAUGGCCACCUCGAGUCUCGGCCAUUGCAUCGGAUGUUUUGUUUUGGGCUGGUGGAAUAGUAAAUCUAGAAAGGUUUUUGUUUUUGUUCGUUCUUCCCUCGCAAACGAUCUUUGCUUCCAGAGCUCUCCUUCGAUGCACUGCGGCUUCCUUCUGAUGCUCGCUUCCAACAUCGUCUACCUGUUCAUCGACUGCGUGCCUGCCACGUGGGUCGCUCAUCUCAUGAUGUUCUCCCGGCUCCUGGGCGGUCUCGGAAUGGGAAACUCGAGCCCGAUGAGAACUUGCGCCUCUCUCCACUCCACUUCCUCCGAUCGUUCGAAAGCGAUGGCUUCCAUCUCGGGAGGCCGUUCCGUGGGUACUGUAGUUGGCCCUGGCCUCCAACUAAUCUUCCUGCCGCUCGGAGAGACUGGAUUCGUUCUUCUUCCCGGCCUUCUCUCGCUCCACUCCAACAACGCCCCCGCUUUCCUUGGCAUCGUCUUGACUAUGAUCGGUUUUGUGUCGCUCAUGAUAUUUUUCGAGGAGGAAUCCGCUGAAGACUCGGACAAGAUGGCCAUUACGAUUGCAGACUUCGAAAAUCAGUACAACACUGUCAAGGUUCAAAAGGUUUUUUUUUAAGAUUUCCCCUGACCACUAUUCUUCAGGAAGAGUACCCGAGAGCGGAUAAAAUUGCAAUGUUCAUCUGUAUGCUCACCCGUUUCGUUCAAAACUUUAUGCAAAUUUCGAUAGAGACGCUGGCUCCCGCCAUUCUGAUGAUGAUGUAUUUCCAGACGAGACAGGUAAGCAGCGAAUGAAUAGAUUCGUGACGACAAACGUUCCCACGAAACUUCUAUUGUUGGUCUUUAAAAUAGCCUUUUCAAUGUUUGGAGUGAGUCAGCAAUUCGUUCAAAGCUAGCUCAUAGCAACGACCAGGCAGGUACCGAGAGGAUUUCAGGAAGCAGUCGCCAGCAUGGCCACCACCUAUCUGAUCACUGGGCUCAUCGCCACCGUCCUCUAUCUCCUCAUCAUUUUCACUAAAUUGUCGGCAAUGUCAGUUUUUCUGUUAUUUAGCUUCUCCUCUGUAUCUUUGCUUUUUCAGAGUCCGCGACAAGAUCUUCAACUCCCUUGUUCUCCUCUUCUUCGUCUGCCAUCUUCUGGCCACCUACUCCUGGCAGUUCUACGGAACUUCCGUGCUCUCCGAACAGUUCUCAAACGAAACGCUGACUGGAUGCGACGACUCCCACUUCCUCUGGUGUCUCGACCUGACCGUCUCUCCUCAAUGGGCCUUCUACGUCGGCUACGUUCUCAGUUUCGGCCUCUUCAUGCCGUUCAUCAACGUGGCAAAUGCCACUCUCUACUCGAAACUUCUCAAUCCAGAUUGCCAAGGAACUAAGCAGAGUCUCUAUGACAUUUCGAACACUAUGGCUCGCAUUUUUGCUCCGAUUCUUAUCACGUAAGAAAUGAAAACGAUCUUUGCUCUCACUAUCAGUUCGUAAUGAUUUCAGAAUGAUCUACAUGUCGUCUGGCCCGAGAAGAGCGUGGGAAUUCCUUUGUCUCCUGCUGCUCUUCACCACAUUCCUCUGGAUUCUCUUCGAUAAACGACUUGUUCCCAUGAGACCACUGGCCAGACACGUCUUCGAUAAUGACGGAUUCGAGCAACAGGAGAAAACAUCGCAAUCGAAAUUGGUCUCUUGA